AUGGAGUCCAUAGCCAGGAUUUCCAGUCUGCUCGAGAGCGCUCGAGAGCUCACCCUCGAUGCCGCCUCGGCGACGCGCAGCUCCCGCAGCACCGGCCGCCCUCUCGACCGUACGCAGAUCAAGAAGCUGCUGGACAGUCGAAAUGAGCGCGAGGUUCUCGACGGCUUGCGCCGCGUCCUUUCGAUGAUGUAUCGUGGCCAGAAGACGCUGCCCUUCUUCUCCUCGGUCGUCAAGAAUGUCGCCUCCCCGAACAUCGAAAUCAAGAAGCUCGUCUACAUCUAUCUCAUCCACCAUGCCGAACAAGAACCCGACCUCGCCCUCCUCUCCAUCAACACCAUCCAGAAAUCCCUCUCCGAUACCAAUCCUCAAGUCCGCGCACUCGCACUCAAGACCAUGUCCGGUAUCCGAGUCCCCGUCAUCAGCCAAAUCGUGUCUCUCGCGAUCAAGAAGGGCGUGGCAGACAUGAGCCCCUACGUUCGCCGCGCGGCUGCCCUGUCUAUUCCCAAGUGCUACCGACUCGACCCGACCCAGCUACCGCAGCUUCUCGACUACCUGACAACGCUCAUCGGCGAUAAGCAGUACUUUGUUGCCGGCGCUGCGGUGUCGGCCUUCCUUGAGAUAUGUCCCGACCGCAUCGAUCUCAUCCACCAGCACUACCGAGCACUGGUCAAGAAGAUUGUCGACAUGGACGAAUGGAGCCAGCUGGCGACGUUACGAAUGAUGACAUACUACGCCAGAAAGUGCUUCCCGAGACGAACACGAAGCGUGAAGAGCCAGGAAAAGACGGCAGAUUUGGGCGAUUUCUACGGCGAGACUACGCAAGAUGGAGGGGAAGAGCAGCAGAUCGUCGUACUGGACCCGGAUCUGGCGAUGCUCCUCAAUGGGAUCAAGCCUCUGCUCCAAAGUCGAAACUCUGCCGUCGUCAUAGCAGUUACGAGAUGCUAUGCGGAGAUCGGGACGCCGGAAUACGUCAAGAUUGCCAUCGGGCCGCUCGUGGCACUGCUGAGGGGCGCACAAGACAUCCAACAGGUGGCUCUCUACAACAUUGUGUCGGUUUGCCUGACAAGACCAAAUGACUUCGUCAAAUACGCCAGCCACUUUCUUGUGAGGGCUACGGACCCUGCACAAGUGUGGGAGUUGAAACUGGAAAUCCUGACGCUCAUCUUCCCCCAUUCGCCGCCUCACAUCAAGAGCCUGAUCUUGAACGAGCUCGAGCACUUUUCAGGGUCCACAAACAAGGCAUUGGUACGAGAGGCAGUGCGCGCCAUCGGACGAUGCGCCCAGACGGAUUCGUCUACCGCCCCUCGCUGCUUGCGAUUGUUGUUGGGGCAAAUCACGAGUCUGGACGGGACCUUGGCAGCCGAGUCCCUAACUGUCAUCCGUCACCUAAUUCAGCAAGAUCCCCAAGGUCACGUCGGCACCGUCGUUCGUUUGGCGAAGAAUCUGGAUUCCGCAACAGAUCCUCAAGCGCGGGCAACCAUUAUAUGGUUGGUUGGAGAGUUUUCAGGUCUGAAGGGCGAAGAUAACAUCGCCGCCGAUGUCCUACGAAUUCUUCUCAAGGACUUUGCCAGCGAGGCCGAGGCAGCCAAGGGCCAGAUUCUACUGCUGGCUGCCAAGGUGUAUCUGCACCACAUAAAUCGGCUGAACGAGAACAAGAGUGAGGAGGAGGCAGCUAUUUCAAGUCAGGAUGACCACCCUGUGGCCAAGCUUUGGGACUAUGUGCUGCUACUCGUCCGCUACGAUACAUCUUACGACCUCCGCGACCGAGCGCGCAUGUACCGGGCGUUGCUCUCCGUUCCGCAGCUGGCCACGUUGAUGCUGCUGGCGCCAAAGCCAGCGCCGCAAGCACCAAGCCCCUCAGAAACUCGCAAGGGGUUCAUGCUCGGUUCAUCAACGUUGGUUUUGGCGGGAGGUGGUGGAAUCCAUGGGCUGCGCGGCUAUGAGGCCCUUCCCGACUGGGUGGCCGAUGGCGCGGAACCAGACCCGCGGCUGCGCGAUACCGAAGCGGCGCCGUCAAGCUACGGCGAGGAGAAGAGCGUGCCGGCGAGCCAAAUGCUCGACAGUGCGGUGAAGGCUGCGCCGACCAAGACCAACGGCCUCGGCGAGGGUGUUGGAGGGAAAACGCUCGACGACUGGCUGGCAGAAGGCGACGCUGAAGAAGAAGAAGAGGAAUCCGAGAGCGAAGAAGAAGAUGAUGACGACAACGACGAUGAGGAAGAAGACGAUUCCGAGGACGAAGAUGAAGAAGACGACGAAGAAGAAGAGGAGGAGAGCGAAAGUGACGACGACGAAGCGGGUCGUCUGGUCAAAUCAUGA